AUGUCUACUCAAGCCUCCAAGAAACCUGCCUCCAAGGCUCCAGCUGAAAAGAAACCAGCUGCCAAGAAGACCUCUUCUGGUGUUGAAGGUAAGAAGAGAACCAAGGCUAGAAAGGAAACUUACUCCUCUUACAUCUACAAGGUUCUAAAGCAAACCCACCCAGACACCGGUAUUUCUCAAAAGUCCAUGUCUAUCUUAAACUCUUUCGUCAACGACAUCUUUGAAAGAAUUGCCACUGAAGCUUCCAAGUUAGCUGCUUACAACAAGAAGUCUACAAUUUCUGCUAGAGAAAUCCAAACUGCUGUUAGAUUGAUUCUUCCAGGUGAAUUGGCUAAGCAUGCCGUCUCUGAAGGUACUAGAGCUGUCACCAAGUACUCUUCCUCCACUCAAGCUUAG